GGCCGGGCUGCGGGCCUGGGGGCCUGGCCGGCUGCCGCCUCACGGCUUGCUCGCCCCAUGGAGGCGACGGCGGAGGAGGAGCGGAGGCGGAAACUGGAGGCCGGCAGGGCCAAGCUUGCUCACUUCAGACAACGAAAAACAAAAAGUGACAUCGCGCAGUCGCAGAAAAAGGCGGCGAAGAGGAAGGGCACGGCUGUCCACACGCAUGACCUUCCGAAGGAAGAGCACGCACCAACGGCCCAGGAUACUGGUAAAGGUGUAGAGAGUCAGGCUGAAGAUGCCAGCCUACUUGAGACAACAUCAGAGAGAGAGGAAGUUAAGAUAAAUUCUGCUGCAGAAUGCUGUGAACUUGAUGCUAAGAUGUGUCAGGCCAGAGUAGCUGAGUUAGAGGAUAAACUUCUGGAGAAAGAAGAAGCAGUCAAAAGACUCAGUGCAGAGAUGGGCAAGCUACAGGAACAACUUACACAACACAGUGACUCUGUGCAGCUUCAGGAAACCACUGUUCAAGAGCAGAAUGAAGUCAUCAGGAAACUAACAAGCUGCCUUCAACAGGCAAAGAAGGAUCAGGAUGACCUACAGGAAGAGGCUUCAUGUGCAGCUGGUCAGAUCCAUGAUUUACAGUUUCAGUUACAUCAGGUUAAUAAGAUGCUGAAGAGUAACAGUUGUGGGAAAAAUGAAGUAUUAGAAGCUCAGAAACAGAUGUCCUUGUUUCAGAACCGCCUCAAAGAGCAAGAUAAACAUUUGGAGAUGCUGCGUCAGAAAGCACAUGACCUGGAGCUACAACUUGAGUCUUCUCAAAGGAAUGCCAAAGAUAAAGAAAGUCUCCUUUCCCAAAUGGAAGAGGAUAUGAAAGAUACAAUGCAAAAGCUCCACAAAAGCAUAGGAGAAAAAGAGCAGUGUAUUAAAAGUCUUCAGGAUCUACUGACAUCAGAAAGAUUGAGCUUGUCUGUACUACAACAUACCCUUUCUCUCCGGGACUCAGAAAUAACAGAAUUAAAAAAUGAAGUAGCUGCAUCCAAAAUUAAAGAACAGCAACAUAUUGAAGAACUGAAAAUCCGUCAUGAAAAGGACAUUUGCAGACAGAUGGAGAACCUGAGGGCUGAGCUGGAGAAGUGCCACAGAAGAGAGAUUGCAGAAGCCAAACAAAUAUAUGAAAAAGAAAUUCUUUUAAAACAUAAGAAUGAACUUGAACAGUUAAAAAAAGAGCUCUCUGCUCUGAAUUCUGAAGAGUACAUUCAGAAUUUGAAUGGCAUAAUAAUUGACUUAAAUAAUGGUCUUAGUGAAUCUGAAAUUAAAAAAGAAAGUUUGAGAAGGGAACUUGAAAACCAACAGGAAGACUUCCAGAGAGAAAAAUCUGAACUUGAGUCUAAAUACAAGGCUUUAAUUGAUGGGCUUAAGUCUCAACUCUCCGAUGCAGAAGAGCAGGUCAAGGAAGCCCAGCGGUAUAAACAAGAGAAGCAGUCCUUGAGUGAAGAGUUUUGGAAACUGAAUUCUUAUAUUCAGAAAUUAAAAGAGAAGCAACUUAAUGAGAGUGAAAGAAGUACAGAUGUGAGGCAAAAGCAUGAUGAAGAGAUUGUUCCCAAUAAGAAGCUAAUGAAAUUGAAGGAAAACCAGGUUUCACCAGAGGUGUCACAGUUGCAGAGAGCAGAGCUUGAUGAUGCAUUGAAUAAACCACACCAGCUGAAAGGUGAAGAUGAGCUAAUUCAAGAACUGGAUUUACAGCAUGGCUUGGGAGUAGAUUCCUCAAGGGAUCAAUUAGAAGAAACGAAGAAUUUGAAGACCAGAGAGAAUAAUGAAGUUAGUGAAGGAGAGAACUUUUCUGAGGAACACUUGUCGGAACAAGAGCUUUUCAGUGGUGAAGAAGGCCUAUUGGCUAAAUACCUCAUCUCCACAGAGAAACCAGAAGAGUCGUAUGUGUCCAGUGCUUCUGAAGGUUAUGCCAUUGAAGAAGGCAGAUGCAGUAGGUAUGGGUUAGACAGCUGUGUGCUCCUAGAACCCAGCAGAGAUUUUAGAACUCCUCCAUUACACUUUGGCCUUGAUGAGGAAACCUGUUGUAGCAGUUUGGCUCAAGAGACUUUUGAAGAGACUGAGGUGGGAGCAGAGGCCUUUGUUUCGUUUUUGUCAGAUAGCUCCCUGCAGCAAAAGAAAAUAAGUGACCACGAUGACAUAAAGGACAAUGAGACAACUUGUUUGCUAGAGAGAUGUGUGAAGCUCACUGAGCAGCUCCAUGAGAAGGAAUCAGCCCUGAAGAAAUCUUAUCAGGCGACCCAAGAAGCUGUUGGAAAAUGGGAAAAAGUAAUGGCUGAGCUGUCUGUUUUACGUGUGGAAUUGGAUGAGCAAUGCGAAGCACGGGUCCGUUGUGAAAAAGAACUUCUUCAAAAAAUAGAGAAGGAGAAAGAACUUGAAAACAAAAUAACCUUUUUAGUAAAGCAGCAAAGUGAGGGUAGGGGUGAGCCUUUAACACAAGUGUCCAAUUCCUCUGCCUGGCAAGGAAUGGUAAAAGACCUCCAGGAGGAAAAAGAAAUGUUGAUGGUACAGCUGCGAACUCAGGAGCAAUUAGUGAAAGAAGUUCAAGAACAGAAAACAGCUUCUGAUUCUGUAACAAGUGAAGUGCAGUCUCUUUUUGGACGUCAGUUGGCUGCUUUGCAAACUCAAAGGGAUCAAAUGCAAAACCAACUUGAAGCUCAGAAGGCUAAAAACCAGACAGUAGCAGAGCUGCUUGGUCAGAAAACUGUAUCUGAAGAAACAUUGCUAAAAGAACAGGAGUUGCUGAAAGCUGAAAUCAAUAAUAAAGAGCAAAAUUUAGCACUGUUAUUGAAGGAAAAAACAGCCUUAGGAGAAAGAUUAUCUGAUGUGGAGGGGGAUCUAGUAAAAGCAAAAAAAGCACUAUCAGAGAAUGCUACCAUCAUUGAGGAUCUUGAGAAGAACAUACAUGAACUUAAUGCUGAAGUCAAAAACCUGAAAGAAAUACAGGAGUGUGAAAGACUGGGAUAUGAAGACAGAUUAAACUUCAGCAACCUAGAAAUUUGUAAACUUAAUGCUGAAAUCAAGGCAAAAACUACUGAAUAUAGUGAGGAAAAAAGCCAGUUGACUGAAGAAAUUGCCCAGUUGAAGAAAGUCUGUUUGGAGCUUGAGACUCGCUUGCAGUCUGCACAAGCUGAGAUGAUGAAACAUUACCAAGAGGAAAUUGAUAAACUGGAGGCUCAACACCUUGCUGAAUUAACUAAAGUGAGUUUGAUACACACAGAAGAGGUAGAAGAAUUAAAUGCUGAAAUAAGGGAGAAAGUUGAAAAAGAGCAGAAGUUGGAAGAAGAAAGAAAGGAACAGAUUGCUUUUAUAAAAAAGGUACAUGAACGAGAGCAUGAUCGUGAGAUCUCAGAACUGAUUACUAAACAUGAGGAGGAAAUGGAGAAGGUCUGUGCUGAACUAAAAAAAGAACAGGAGCACCUGUUGGAUGAACUUCGGAAGCAAAUGGCAGCCACACACAGAGCAGAGAUUGAGCAAGCUCAGCUCCAGUCACAGACUCUGCACAGCCUUGAACUUGAAACUUUACGCCUAAGCCUAAACAAUAUGCACACCUCCCAGCUUGAGCUAACACAAUCAAACCUGAGAAAAGAAAAGGAAACUGCCCUUGUGGAGCUACGGGAGAUGCUCAAUGACAAACGUGCUCAAGAGGUGGCAAUUCUGCAAAGUCGCCAUCAGCUGGAGUCAGAGAAGAUUAAAGAGCAGUGUCUGAAGGAAAAAGAAGACCUGAAGUCAAAGUAUCAGCAAGAACUAGUUGAUCAGAAAAACAGAAUAGAAUUGGAAAUGGAAGAGAGACAUAUCCAGGCAUUAGAGAAUCUUAAAAGAGACUGGGAAUUGGAGUCUGAGAUGCGUUUAGAAAGCACACGUGAAGAGCUGUGUGAAAAACAUCGGUCUGAGAUGGUAGAACUGCAGAAAACUCUGGAGAUGGAAUUAGAAAAACUCAGAACAGAACUGGAGCUUCUUUCUUCUGAGAAUGAACAGUCUAAAAUAAAAAGCAUAGAAUUGGAGAAGCAACACCACUUAGCCACUACAAAAUUACAAGAACAGCUGCAGACUGAACAUAACCAACUCCUGGAGGAUAUGAAGAAGAAAAGCCAAGAAAAAGAACAAAAUCUUCAGAAGGAGCUGGAGAAGCUUCAGGUUAUGCAUGAAGAACUCAAGACUCAGUCACAAGAGGAAAUCAGGCAGCUUUGGUCUCAGCUUGAUAGUACCCGAGCAAAUCGGCAGGAGCUAAGUGAUGGUGAGACCAGAAUGCAAGGCCAUGAUCCAGAGCUGAAAGAGCAGCUCCUGGCCCGUGCCUCACAGGUGGAGGAAAUAGAACGUUUAAAGCAGGAGUUUGAACAGCAGCGACAGCAAAGAAAUAGUGAGCAUGAAACUGAAUUGGAGCAACUGAGACUUUAUUUUGAAAAGAAGCUAAAAGUUGCUGAAGAAAACUACAGAGAAGAAUUGACUUUACUGCAUCAAAGACUACAAGACCUGAAGGAAUAUUCAGUGUCAGAGUUGGAAGUGAGCCAGGAUCAGGCUGGCAACAUUAGUUCUGUCCCAGCUGUGGAAGACACUUCUGAGAAAGAGAGAAGGGAUGCACUUGUUCAACUAAAUCAACAGUUGGAACAACAUCAGGAGGAACUUGCCUGUUUGCAGGUAGAACUUAAAGAGCAACACAGGCAUGAAUUAGAUUCCUUAAGAUCUUCCCUUGCACUGCAAUAUAAGGAAGACCUAUUGAAAAUGAAGAUGGAGCUGUCAGACAAAUAUAUGGCAGAAAUUGAGGAAAUGAAAAGAAAGCAUUGUUUAGAACUUGAGCAGCUCCGUGCCCAGCUUUCAGAGGAACAUAUCAAAGAAAUCACCAGACUGCGUCUGCAGAGCGCUCAAGAUGCAGCACGUCAGGUUGAAACAGAGGUGGCUGCACGAGUGUCAGUGCUGGAGGAAGAGCACAGAGCUAAGCUUGCUCUUCUCCACACUGAGAAUCAGCGUAUCCCAGAGCUUUCAGCAGAAAUAGAACAUUUAAAGGAAGAGAUUACUAAACAAAAAGAUAUUUCUGUGCAGAAUGAAAAGCAUCUGAAAGAGGAAAUGGAAAAGGUAAAAUACAAGGUAGCUGAGGAUCACAAAAAUAAAUUAAGGGAAGCCAGAGAAGAAGUUGAGAAAAUAGAGACAACGUACAAAGAAAAAGAAAAGAAAUGGAAACGUGAAAGUGAGGAGCAGAGAAUCCAAGCAGAAGAGAAGUUGUCAUUGCUGCGUAUUGAACUGCAAAAUAGAGCUGACUCUGAGAAGCAGAAUUUGCAAAAGGAGUUCGAGCUUCGUGAAGCUGAAAUGAAUCAGCUUCAAGAUCAUCAAGCUGCCAAAAUUCUAGAAUUGGAGAAGUUGGUAAAGGAGCAGCAAAACAACUUGCAGCAACUAGAGGACAGCCUUGCAAGUGCACAGGCUGUGCAGAAAUCUCAGGAGCAAUAUGACAGUGACCUGCAGGCAGCCAGAGCACUCAUGGCAGAAGAAAUGGAAAAGGUCACACUUGGUCUGCAGGAGGAAUGUGCCCUGAAACUUAUGGAAGCACAAAACAAGUUUAUGGAGGAACACAAAGCUAUGACUCAGAAAUUCACAGCUGAGCAAGAGGUUCUUCUUCAAGACCUGAAAAAGAAGCAUGUUGAUGAACUGGAACUCCAAAGUCAGCAGUUACAAGAGAAGCAUAAGCAGCAAAUUUUGUCUCUUACAGCUGAGUUGCAGACAAAGCACCAAGCUGAAAUUGAGACUCUUAAAACUACACUAGAAAGCAAACAGCAGAUUCAGCUUGAAGCCUGUGUUGCUGAACUACAGACAAAGCAUCAGACAAAAAUUGAUGAGCUGGAGGCUAAACACUUAUCAAAUCUGGAUUCCCUGGAGUCAUCCUACCUAUCUGAAAUACAGAAUAUAAGGGAUGAACACAGACAGGCUCUUGAGAAGCUACAACUGCAGCAUGCAGAAGAGCUCCAUGAAAAGGAUAAAAUAGAUCAAGCCUGCUUGGUUCAGGAGAUAGAAUUGUUAAAAUCAAAGCAUGCUGAAGAACUUCAGCUUUGCCAAAAUAAUCUGAAAAUUGAGCUAGCUACUGCUCAUAUGGAAAAACUUAAAGCCAUGGCUGUUGAAGCAGAGGAAGCUCAUAAGGAUGAUUUGAACACAGCUCUCCAGAAUCAAAGGAGAUUGCUGGAGGAAGAAAAACGUCUGGCCCUGGAUACAUUACGUGAGGAAGUAUUGCACAUGGAGGAAAAGCAUAGGAAAGCACUCCAAGAACUUCAGGAUCUUCAUGAGGCAGAAAUUAAGAAACAUAAGGAAGAAUACUCCAAGGAGCUGGAAGAAGAGCUGGGGAAGCUAAAAGCUCAGCAUGAACAUGAGCAGGAGCUGUAUGUUUCUGCAUCAGCCUCUGAAGUAGAAAAUGUACGGAAAGCUCUUCUGGCUCAAUUUGAGGAUGUAAAACUGAAGCAGCAGCUUCAGUUCCAGGAGGAGAUUGAGCUGCUGAAGUGUCAGUCAGAGGUACUGCUUGAACAGCAGAUUGCACAACUGAAGGAUGAAUUUGAAGCUGAAAAAAAGGCAUCACUACAUGACAAGGAGCAGAUGUUGAUUCAGGAGAGGGAGAAGGCACAGGCUGCUCAUCAAAAGGAGCAGGAGAUGUUAUCAGCCCAGCUACAGGAAAAAGCAGCAAUAAUUAUCCAGCUGGAAAAGAAAUUGGAGUCUUUGAAGCGUGAAACAGAGGAGACCAACUCUGAACUGGAGACACUUCUUCAGCGGCGGGACAGAGAAAACCAAGAAGGAGGAAAUUUGGUGGCCAUGUUGAGAUCUGAUAUUGAGCAGUCCAAGGAUGAAAGGAAGAAUCUGCAGGAGUCUUAUCAGCAUGUUUUGAAAUUGCUGAUUGAGAUGGUGAAGUCCACAACUGCUGUUGAGGAUCUUAUCUGUAGCAAGAUUGGUCUUUGCCUUGAUGACAGUCUGGCUUCUGGGGAUUCUAGGGAAGCUCACAGUAUUAUGGAAGAAAUGGGAUUCAUGCAAUAUUUCAAAUCCAAAGAAAAGCAUCACCUUGAAAAAGCAUAUGAGCUGCUGGAUGAAACUCUCCCAGAACACAACCAGCUGUCUCCAGUGGCUGACGAGGAGUCUGAACUGAGCCAAUACUUUUGUGAAAGUGUUUUUGCAAAGCCAGAACUGGCAUGUGAAAAUGAAGAAAUGAUAGAGAAAAUUGGUCAUCGUUUGCGCACUGCGGUGGAGAGACUUCUGGAACUGGUUACAGAAUCAACUAAACAACUGGAGAAAAUGCAUGAAAACCACGCACAAUUUGAAGAAGAAUUCAGCCGACGGAAUCGGGAAACUGCCCAAGUGGUCAGUCAGCACCAGGAGCUGAUGGAGUGCCUCAGUGAGCAAAGUGAGGCCAAGAAUCAGCUGGCACUUGAGCUUCAUAAAGCAGAGGGCAUCAUUGAAGGCUAUGUUGCAGAAAAAGCUGCCUUGGAAGAGGCCUUGAACCUGAAAGAGGAAUCUGAACGUCGCCUUGUUGUGGAGCUGGAGAGUAUGCGUGAACGCUUCCAGGAGCUAACCCAGGAGCAAGCAAUUCUGGGAACACCUGCUGCAAAUGUAGCACAAAAAGAUGGUUCAGGUCUACUCAAGGAAGUAGAAUUUUUAGCAAAGGAGAAACUAGAGCUUCAGUGUCAGGCAGAAAAGGACCAUUCCAACUUACGCUCUCAAAUGAAAGUUUUGGAGGUGGAACUGGAAGAACAGCUGCAUAGUAAUCAAGACCUGGCUACACAGCUAUUGGAGGUUGCUGAAUUAAAACAGCAAAUUCAAGUUCUUGAGAAACAGCUUAAAAACCAGCGGCAAUUCAUGGAUGAACAAGCUAUAGAAAGAGAACAUGAACGUGAUGAUUUUCAGCAGGAAAUUCAGAAACUGGAAGAUCAGCUAAAACUUUCAGCAAAAUCACAGACUUCUGGAGAGACCAGAGAAUACAGGAACUAUGAAUUGAUUCUACAGGUGGAAACGUUGCAAGCAGAAAUAAAAGAGAAGAUGGACGGUUACAAUAAGCUGUUGUUAGAAAAGGAGCAAAAACAGCAAGAAAUUACAGCUCGUGAUAAAGAGAUAGAAAAGCUGGAGGCACAGGUCCGAGAACUGGAGCAGAACAGUGCUGAAGUCUCCAAAACUGUACACUGCUUGGAACAACAAGUACAAAAAAUGAAGAAAGUGGAAACAGAACUAAAACAAGAUAAGGAUGCAUUACAACAGCAGCAGUACAAUAACCUGCUUCAGAUCUCUGCCCUGCAGUCUAAAUUGGAUGAAGCCAGGCACAGGGUAGCACCUGAUGUCAGUUCUACCCCAGGGCUGAAGGAGCAGCUACAAGCAGAGCAGGAAGCACUUCAGACCAGAGAGAGAGAGAUUGCAAGCUUAUUAGACCAACUAGAACAAUAUAAAGAUAAUUUGAUCAGUAAAAGUGAGGAGAUACUGCAGCUGAACUUGCAGUUAGAGAUGCAAAAAAACCUUAGUACUUCCACCAUCAGCCAGCUUCAGUUAGAGAAUACACACUUGAAGGAGGAUCUAACAAAACUUCAUGAGAAGCAAAAUCAGGACCUGGAUACUUGUGAUUCCCCAGCUUUGUCAUUCCCACAAGCACUGCUUAAAGAAAAAAAUCAAGAAAUUGAUCACUUGAAUGAGCAGCUGAAGAGGCUUGAGCUUGAGCUAGAGAAUACUCUGGAGAACAAAGUUGUGGAAGAUCAAAAAUCUGAAAUUGAAGAACUCAGAUCACUUGUUGAGCACCUUCGUGGCGACCAGGAAAGGCUGCGUAAGGACAAAGAUGAAGAGGUAGAGCAACUCCAUGGAGUAAUUGAGAAGCUUCAAAAAGAGCUAGCACAAUUUGUACCAGUGUGUCAUGAAGUUAGUGACAACCAAGAUGAUCUCUAUCAACUUGCGUUGGAAAAGCCAGUGGAAAACCUUCAGAGUGAGUUGAGGAAGGGGCUAGGAGAUUGUCAGAGUGAUAGUGAUCCAAACAGAAGACAUGCACUUCUACUCUCAAAGGUUAGAGAAUUUCAAGGGGAACUGGAGCUCGUCUCAGCUGCUAGGGCAACUCUGCAGCAGCAACUGGAAGAGAAGGAAACACACUUCAGGCUGGAAGUGGAAACUUUGGAGAAAAAAUACCAAAAAUUGCAAGAUUCAUCAGAGCAGCACAUUGCAGAGCUAAGUGCUCUGAGAAUACAGUACAAGGCACUUCAGGAAGAGCACAACCUUUUCCAAAAACGUUUUGCUCAGAGAGAUGCUGAAGCAAGGAUGAUGACUUCUCGCAUUCAGGAACUUCAAGAUACUGUGAGGGAAAGGGAAGCAAAUAUUCUAGAGAAAGAUAUGCAAAUAACAACAAUGGCAGGUCAAAGGGAAGCUGACACAACUGAGCUGCAAUACUUAACAGAAAAGGCAUCAGAGCUUCAAAGAGAGUUGGAAAACAGAGAUGCAAGUCAGUCUCAAGAUGUCUACAGUCUUCAGUUAGAAGUUUCUCAACUCCAUUUCCAGGUGCAAGCACUGAAUCAGAAAGAGGUGGCUUAUCAGAGAGAAAAAAGUGAACUGCAAAGUAGCACUGCACACCUGAAGGAUCAGCUCAGUGCAUACAUGAAAGAGCUUGAAACCUUACGACUGGAAAAAGGUGAACUUAUUUCACAGUUGGAGUUGUGCAAACCAAAGGAGCAAAGUGAUCAUGAAGAGAUUCACCUCAAGCUGCUCUGCCAGAGAGAAAGAAAAGGAGAAGCCCUGAAGAAGGGGAUGGAGGAACUGGAAGAACUGGAAGCAAAUGUUGAUCAGUCACUUGCAGUACCUGUUUCCCCUACUGAUAAACUGGAAAAAGAUGACAUUCAUAAUACAAACCAAAAAACUCUGACUAAGCAAUCACAAGAAAGUGUCUUAAUUCAGGAAUUGCAUGUAAUCAACAGUUCUGCAGAGGAGCAAGAUUUGCAAAAGCAUUGCCAGCAAAUGUUGGAAAAUGAUCAAACUCCCAGUUUUCCAAAAGACAGUUUUGAUGCAGGCAAGGACACUUCAAAAGACUUCCAGAAUUUCAUUGCAAGUAUGGCUUCGUGGGGCUCACCUGAGAUCAUGAGAAAGCAAGAUACAAGCACAGAACUUCAACCAGUGAUCCAUCCAGUGCCCUUUUCAGAAGCUGAAAGCUCAGAUUUUGAACUUAUGCACACCAGGUCAUCCAUGCAAGAAGAUAAUUCUGUAUUGCUGGGAUAUUCUAACCUGUAUGAGAAUGGCAGUGAGGAAGCAUCAGUGGGAGCAGAUAGAGAAUGUCCAGCUUUCUCUGAGAGUACCUAUUCUGAUGACCAAGAUACAGAGAAGAUUUUGAUGAGAGAAGCUGAUAAUCUAACCUUAACCCCUUCUGAUUCACAACGUGAUCUAAGAUCAAGAGCAUCUGCCAUAGGUGCGAUGGGCGAUGGAUAUGGCAGCAAUACAAGCUCAAAUUUGGCAGCUAAACUAAAGCAGGAGCUGCAAGCAUCAGAGCACCUGGAUGCUGGUUUCAUGGCUUAUCUGAGGUACCGUGGGAUGUUUCCAGAUACCAUGGAGUCAAUGAGAGAGAUGGAAAUACUUUCACCACAACUGAAGACUGUUCUGAAGAUGGUCUAUGAGGAGAGCCGCAAGAUACUGGCCUUGUCAGAACAUCCCUAUGAUUUUAGGGACCUGAAAAAUGUUCAUCAGACCAGAGCAGCCAUGGAGGGAUGGCAGAAGGAGGGCUUAGCCUUGCUGGAUGCUAUACAGUCACUGAAAGAUUACCUUAGCAAGGUUGCAGAUAAAGGACACAAGGAACAUUCUGGUAUUGCUGCAGACUGGAGAGGAGAACUUCUACAAGCAGUACAGAGUGUGUUUGAGAAGGAGAGAAACAUGCUGCAAAUCGACUUUAAGUCUCACUUCUCCAAUCCUGGGUCUAGUGAGGAAAGUUCAUUAGUGGAAAAAAUGGAGUAUCUCAUGAAACAACAGGAGGAACAAAGGAAGAUGGUUGUAGAACACCUCUUCUCCUCAGACAGGAAUAGCUUGCUCUCUGAAAUCCAGGACCUGCGGGCUCAGCUCCGCAUGACACAUCUCCAGAACCAGGAGAAGCUGCAGCAGCUGCAGGAAACCCUCACCAAUGCAGAAGAUCAUGGGAGCAAACAGGAACACCAGCUUCGCAGGAGAGUUGAAUUACUGGAAUAUAAACUUCAGCAGGAAAAAUCUAUUGUAAGUGACUUGCAGAGCACCCUGUCUGAGAAGCAGAAGAGAGCCUCUGAAACACAUGAUCUAUUGAACCAAGAAAAAGCAGCCCUGAAAUCAGAGCUUUAUGAAAGUAAGCAAGAGAAUGACAGGCUGCAGAUAUCCCUAGAAGAGCUUCAGAGGGAAAUAAACCAGUUACGUUCUGAAUUGGAAAAAAAAGAAAAGAAUUUGACAGCUGCACUUGAAGACUUAAAGACUGAACGUAUGAAGGAAGCUGAGCUACGAGGUUUGUUUGAGGAACAACACCUUCAGCAUAAGAAAGCAGAGGAAGAAAAGACAAAGGCCUUGGAGGAGCUGGGUGCUGCCUUGGAGCUGCAGUCUGUGCAGAGCAGUCAGCUGGCUGUGUCCCUGAAGCACGAGCAGGCAGUGAGUGACAACCUCCGCAAGGAGCUGCAGAUCGAGCAGUCCCGCUGCGAGGCGUUGCUGUCCCAGGAACAAACCAAACUGUCAGAGCUCCAGAGGAGUUUGGAUGCAGAGAAAAAUCGUUCCUUGGAGCUCCUGAAUUCACUGAAUCACGAACGUGUUUUGACGGAACAGCUGAGUGUGAGAGUGAAAGAAGGUGCUUCUUGUCAGCACAGGGAUUCGCUGCUGGAACAAGCCUUUGUUAGAGAGCUCCAGGCCCAGCUGGAAGAAGAGAGGUCCCGAACUAUGGAGCUGGCUGCUGUUAUUGAGAAAAUGCACCAGGAGGCCAUCCGAUCCAAAAGGCAGCUGGAGGCUGAGGUGCAGAUGUGCUGCAAAGAAACCCAGAGAGAGAGGGAGGUCAGUGACAAACUAAGAACUACACUGGAAUUGCUCCAGGGUCAAAAGCAAGAGGUUAUCCAUUCCUUAGAGGCCCAGAAGGAAAGAGAGGUGAAGCUGAAAGCUGAUGGGGAACAACUGAAGUUACUCUUAAAGAUGAUGAAGGAGCAAGAGAAAAACAAAGAGGAGAGAGAGAGUGACCAAAGACAGCAGCAACAAACAGAGCUGGAGAAACAGAAGAACUGGCAGAAGGAUCAAGAGAGACUGCAAAACUUGGAACAGCAGCACCAGAGGGAUGAACAAAGAAUCAAAGAGCUGCAGGAAGUACUGGCACUAUUUGAAGAAAAAGAAAGAAAUCGCCCCUCUCCAAACCAUCCUCAGGAAGGGCUGAGUACCUUAAGCAAAGAUCGAAAUGCCAAACACCCCACAACAAGAGCUGAAAAAUCCCAUUUGCAACAGCAGCAACAGCAGCUAGAGAAGAUAAGACAGCAGUUACUUUUUGUAGCUGUGCACCUGAACGAGUUCAUAUAUAAAACUGUAGAUAAAACAGUUAACGAUUGGUCUGCAUCAAAUGAUGAAGCUGUAGCCUCUUUACUGCGGACAUUAAAGGAAAUAAAAUCAGAUUUGUUUUCUUCUGCAUCUCAGGUAAGAUCUGCAGAUGAUACUGACUCUGUUCAAGAACUGGAAAGAGAUGCUUGGCAGCGAGAGAGAAACAUUUUGCAGAAUGCUUUGAAACAGGCUGAAUCUGAACUGGCUAAAGCAACUGUUGAAAUUGAGAACAAACCAGUGGUAGAAACUUCCAGUCCCAAGUUGCAGAGAUUAUAUAGGAAGUACCUUAGAGCAGAGAGCUUUAGAAAGGCUCUAGUUUAUCAGAAGAAAUACCUCCUGCUGCUGCUUGGUGGAUUUCAGGACUGUGAGCAGGCAACCCUCUCCCUAAUAGCCCGGAUGGGAAUCUACCCCUCCCCUGCAGACCUGCGGCUUUCGGGAUCACGUUCCCGUCCUUUUACCAAGUUCAGAUGUGCAGUCAGGGCAAUCAUUGCAGUAUCAAGGUUAAAGUUUUUGGUGAAGAAGUGGAACAAAGUUAGCAGGAAGAGCAUUCAGGCUGAAACCAUUACUCACAGUAUAGGAGGUAAUACAGUCUGUAGUGCUAGAACAGAAAUUCUGAAGGAGCAGCAGCCCACAGCUUUUCACCUCAGCUCUCCCCCAACCCGGGACAUGGGGCUGUGCCACAGAACCAGCUCUGCAAGAUUUGGGAGCCACUGCCUCAGAUCCUCUCACUGCUUUCACAACAGAUUGCAUGCAUCCACAAGUUCAGCUUCAGAGAAGUCCCUUGUGCCUACUCAGGAUCCUGAGCGGUCGCUAACAGAAUACAUCCAUCGCUUAGAGGUCAUCCAGCAGAGACUCGGGGGGGUGCAGCCAGGCCAAGUUCCAGGUCCACCUCACCAGAGAAAUGGGAAGAAGUGAUGAGAACGCUUCUGAUAUCUGUACUGCAAACCCCUCUCCCGGUUCUGCUUCCUUCUGAGCUGGUCCAUACUGGAUGGAGACACUGUCAGUCUCUUGUGCAACUGAAUUAAGGGCAGUGCUUUUGCAUCAGGUUUUUAUAUGACUUUUUAUUAUAUUUUAGUACAUUAAGAGGAAAGUGCUUUUCACUAAAAACAACAUUUUACAUCUCAUGUGGAAUUACUGCUAAUUUAACAGCUAAGUGUGCCUGCAUCACUGUAUUGUAAGUUACAAAGAAUCUCUUGGGUGUUUAUUUUUCUAUAGUGUAUAGCUGGAUUCCUUGUAAAAAAAGUUAUUAAAAUGGCAUUUUAUUAGUGAAUUCUUACAUGGUAU